AUGGUGAAACAUGCCAAACAAACGACAACAAAGGGAAUGAUAUCAGUCCAUUCCCUUUCCCUUUCCUGAAUACCCCCAACCAAACGCCCCCUUAGUAAACAUAUAUGGGUACUUUGGGAGUUUUGGUAGACUUAGUAUAAAGUUUAUACUUCCUCCGUUCCGAAAACAUCGCACCAUGGUUGACUUUUACUCUUUUAACCAUUAUUUUGACUCUUAAUAUCUCAAAUCGUGUGCAAAUAAAAAUUAUAAAAAAUUAAUAUUUAGAAAAUAUAUAUCGAUACGAAUCUAACAUGACACCACAUGAUUAAAAUUUCCUUACGUACGAAUCACAAAAAAUAGCCAAAGUCUUAGUGUAAAUAGUGUACAAAACAAAUGGUGCGAUAUUUCCGGAACGGAGGAAGUAUUAUAAUUCAUCCGUUUCUUUUUAGUAUCGUAACUAGUUUUUAAUAUGAUAUGUAUAAGAAAUAUUAUAAAAAAUUAAUCUUAAUACUCCCUCCGUCCCUUAAUCCUUGACCUGUUUUCCUUAUUGGACCGUCCCUUAAUACUUGACCUGUUUCUAAAAAUGGAAAUAUUUAACAAUAUUAUAUUAUUUCUCACUCCUUCCUUAUUAACCCACCUACCCCUUACUCCAUACAAAAAAUAAUAAAAAAUUCAACCCAUACUCUACCCACCGGGUCGAGUAUUAAGGGAUGGAGGGAGUAUAUAUAUUAAGAUGAUUUGAAACGGAGGAAAUCUUUAUUAUUAAACUAUAUAUGGAGUAUUAUUGUUUAAAUAAUAUUAAUUCGGUAGUUUAAGCUAUCCAAUCAAUCUCAAAUGGCAUAAGAAUACAAUAUUACAAGUCCAAUCAUAUGUAGUAGAUAAUGAUCAACGUUCUUGGAAUAUUUUUCUUUUCUAAAUCUCUGGUAGCCGCCAUUCUAUAUUGAUCACAAGUUUUUGUUGAACAAUGUUUUUUUUUUCUUUUUCUUUUUUUUUUGACAAGAGUACAAUGUAUUUUAAUGUCGAAAAUAAGUGUGUGUGUUUAAUCUGGAAGUUCCUUUACGACUAAUUUGGUACUAUUGGUAGGCGACAAUGAAAAUAAGUUUCUAGCUUUAAACUAUAAGAUAAAUCAUGUACUAAUUAAAGUGGACUGAAAUGUCAAUUAUCUUAAAAAAAAACUCGGCCUUUUCUUAAUUACCAUCCAUUAUCAUUACGAGAAUGGUAUUGGGUGCAGAUGAGAACACAUUGGGACAUAUAAAUUGCGUUAUCAUGGACAAAAAGGUGUUAUAUAUGGCCUUUUACAAUUAUGUUUAACCUCAUUUUCAUUACCACGAUCUAUUAUCGGUGAAAAAGGUUUUCACAUAGACCAUUAAAUCAAUGAAAAUUCUUGUCUACUUUUUCUAGACAUUCAAUCUGUUGACAACUUUCACUUUCUUACCCAAAAGUUUUUUAAAAAAUCCAUUCACGUUUCUCCCAAAAUGUUAAUCCAACAUCUUUAUUUUUAUUCCACAUUUUACCUAUGGAAGUAUAAGUAACUAACUAAGUAACUGACACAAAUAGCUAUGAUCUUCAAUUGGCCAAAGAAUAUGGAAAUGUAAUAUACAGGUGAAGAAGAAAAGAAUUACAAGACAAAAAACAAUGUCUGACAAAGUCAAGGUUGUAGAAAUUUCAAAGGUUUAAAAAAAUAGAAAGACAUACGUAAAUGGGUUUGAGACAGAUUCUUAAUUAAGGAAAUUAAGCAAGGAUGGCCGGAGGAGGAGGGGGUCCAACGUUUGAGGGUACACCAUCAUGGGUGAUUGGAGGAGUAGUUUUUGUGAUUAUUGCUGUUUCUUUGGCCAUUGAAAAACUUUUACAUUAUCUUGGCAAGAUGUUGUUAAGGAAGGAGAAGAUACCACUGUAUCAUGCCUUAAACAAGGUUAAAGAAGAGUUGAUGAUAUUGGGGUUCAUAUCUCUGCUGCUUACGUUUUUCCAAGAUGAGAUUGAUAAAUGGUGCAUACCAGAAAAGCUUACAGAAAGAUGGCUCCCUUGUGCUAAAGAUAAAGGAGAUACUGCAUCAACUGCCAAUUAUCAGAUCCCUGCAGGAGGCCGCCGCCUUUUAGCCGAGGAUGUUGCCAACUCCACUUGCCCGGCGGGAAAGGUACCUAUCGUAUCAAUUGGUGUUCUUCAUGACCUUCAUUACCUCAUCUUCAUAUUAGCAAUUGUCCACGUACUCAACUGUAUGCUCAUAGUACUCCUUGGAGAGAUAAAGAUAAGUCUGUGGCGGAAGUGGGAAGAUGCUAUCAGAAUACAGAAUAUCGCUGACCAUAAUGAUCAAAAUGACAGAGUGAUAGAUGUUAGAAGCCUCUCAUUUAUCAAGAAUCGGUUUGGUGGUGUUGAUGCAAAGAAACGACAUUAUGUGAUUUCAUUUUUCAAGCACCUAGCUGGGGUAAUAACAAAAGCUGACUACAAAGCAAUGAGAACCGGCUUCAUUUUGACACAUUGUAAUGGAAACCUGAGGUUCAACUUUCACAAAUAUAUUGUAUACGCGUAUGAAGCUGACUUUCAUAAAAUUGUGUCCAUCAGUUGGAUCAUGUGGCUGUUUGUGGUCAUCUCAUUGACGCUCAAUGUUGCUGGUUGGCAUGUAUAUUUUGCAAUAUCAUUCAUCCCCUUCAUUCUCUUAAUUGUACUGGGCACAAAACUGCAACAAGUGAUAACAGAAUUAGCCAUAUAUAUAGCUCAAAGGCAUACUGUUGUAUUUGGAGAACUGAGGAUUCAACCGUCAGAUGACUACUUUUGGUGCAACAAACCCAAGAUUGCCCUCUUGUUGAUCCACUACAUACUCUUCUUAAAUUCAUUUGGCUCUGCAAUCUACUUCUGGACACUGUUUAAAUUCGGUCCCAAAUCUUGCGUCAUGGACAAACCAAUAUAUGCCACCUCAAGAAUCAUUAUAAUGGUGGUUGUUCAAACGAUAUGCAGUUACAGCACUCUGCCGCUCUAUGCAAUUGUAACACAGAUGGGAAGUUCAUACAACAAGGACGCAAUGGAGAGAUUUGGCAAUGAAUUAAACCGCGCUGGUGCAAUUGCAGACAGGACUCCAGAAGAAGCGGAUGCAGCAGUAUCAGUUGAGAUGUCAAAUCACCAGGAACGGCAUUGAAUUCUUUAAAAUUGCAACUUCAGACAAGUUGUAAGUUACCAGUGAAGAACCUGUUGAUAGAAAACACAAAAAUUAAAAUGUACAUAGAUUAAAACCAUUGUAGUUUUGCAAGGUCCUACAGAUUCAAAGAAAUGUAUAUAUUUGUACAAGUACUAAGAUUUUCUUUUAUUGAGCUGGAAGAAAUUUUACA